GUCCAGUCAUAGGAAGUACAGCCUGGGUCGCCCAGACCAGCGGGACCUGAGUGAGAACCUGGCUGCCACCCAGGGCCUGGCCAACAUGAUCACCGAGGCCCAGAGACUCUUCCAGCUUCCAGAGUUUUGGCCCGGUCAGCAUUUGAGUGCAGCAGGCCCCACUGAAGACUCCCUGUCUGAGGAGGGAGGAGGCCCAGCAUCCUCCAGUCAGAGUGGAGGUGAGGAGGAGUUGGAGGAGAGAAGGAGGAAGCUGCAGCUGAGCACCCAGCACCUCCUGAAGGAGGCCAGAGAAAAGAGCCGAGGCUGGGAGAGCCACUCAGCUCCAGAGCAUGUGGAGCUGGCCUACAAGAAG